UGGAUGGCGGCCAAUUCGAAUUCGAUCCAGACGGCUCAGAAUUCAAACGCUGGCAGAAAAUCUCCAACACCAAAUCCAGAGAAUGGUCAAUGGUAGCCAUCAGAGACUCCACCUCCUCCGUUUUCCCUCCAAUAAACCACGAAAACCUCCACCUCCCAACCUCCCCAUCACUCUCGUCUUCUUCCUCCUCCUCUCUCUCCUCGUUUUCUCCGUCCGAUUCCGACGAAUCGGGCCCGGUUUCGCCGACGAAGGUCAAUACCCAGGUCGGGAAAUGCAGUGAAUUGAGAAGCUGGGUGGGUCUUGGAGUUGGGUUGCUGCGUUCUAGAAUUUUGGGGAUUGGAGGGUUGGUUAAACGUUGGGGCUUUUCUUCUGGGUAUGUUGUGGCGGUGGUGUUUAUGGUGUGGUCGUUUUACUUGCGAGUGAAGCAGAGGCGGUAUCGGAGGCGUUGCGAGUUGGUGAUCAAGGAGAAAGAUGAGAAGAUUAGUAAGCUGCUGAACCAAAUCGCGCAAUUGAACGAAGUGCUGGUAGCUCGGCAUAGAGUUCUGGCUUCCAAACUGGCUAAUUGAGUGAAGACAUGUAGUGUUUUUAACUGCUGGAUUGGUCGAUUAGGAUGAUCAGUUUGAUAGCAGAGCUGAAAAUAUUGGGAGGUUGCAGACGCUACAAUGGAUGC